UCUCUCACUUAUUAGCUAAAUGAGACAAAAACAACCCAUCCCCCCUCCUUCCUCCUCAUUGUGCUCGCCCAAGACCCCAAGAAAGAGGAAGAAAAAGCUCUCCAACCCUCCUCCAUUGCUGCAACUCGAGCUCAACCAAGAAGGGUCCAAGGAGUGGGAUUAAAGAAGGAAAAAGGCUAGGAAAAGUGUGUAAAAUUAAGGAACUUGUGAAGGGUGUUUCAAGUGAUUUCACAAAGUUGGAAAAGUCGCCGGAAUUGUCGCCGGAGUUGACCAAAAGUCGCCGGAGGUUCACCGGAGUUCAACCAAGAAGGGUAGAACUUCAUACGCUAGUUCAAGGUUGAAGCUAGGGCUUGCUACCUGCACCUUUCUACGGGUGACAUCAAAUCAAGGAAGACGUGAAAUGGAGGGCAGGCGAAUGCGGACCAGGAACAACCCGAGGGGGCAGGCGCCGGUAACAUCCCAAAGGGGAAGCCGGGCUGCAUCUCGGGGUUCAAGAGGAGGCCGUGGAGGCCGUGGAAGCCGUGGAGGUCAUCAAGCUCAAACUGUGAGUGAUGGCCAUGUAAGCUCGGUGUAUGAAACCAGCACCGAGGACUAUGACUCAACCUACGUUCCGGAAACGGAGCAUGAGGAGACCCCGUAUGAUGGGGGUGACACAUACACCGAUGAAGACGACGAAGAGAGUGAUGCCAAGUUCGCUCAAAUGGGCGAGUUGCUUGAGUGGUAUCAAAAAGAAAAGCUGAGGAGAGACCUUAGGCGCCAAGCAAGGCGUGGCUCUCGUGGUGGUUCGGGUCAAGGGAGUCGGGGAGCUUCCGUGGCCACCCCAGCGGCGCCACAAGGUGGGCAUGAAGGAGGUUUUGUGGUAAGAAUCUCCAAAUACCUCAAGGAGGCUAGGGCCUUGGGGUGUAGGUCCUUUGACGGCACCGGCGACAUUACCGUUGCCGCCGAUUGGAUCAAGAAGGUGAAGGAUGCAUCGAGAGACAUGCAGAUUACUCCGGACGUGAAGCUAACUGUCGCUUCACGGCUACUUGAGGGGAUGGCUUCUACAUGGUGGGAAGGUGUAGAAGGGAAAUACCGUGGGGACAUCUCAUGGGAAAAUUUUGAGCAAGAAUUUUAUGCUCAGUACUACUCCGAUUUCGAGGUUAAUGUGAAAAGGAGGGAGUAUACCAACCUCAAACAGAAAGAGGGUUGCACAGUUAAGCAACUGGAGCAAGAGUUCAGGACCUUGGCUAGGUUCUUACCGGAGUAUGCGAUCAAUGAGGACCGCAUGACUGAGCACUUCUGGGAUGCCUUACUCUUGGACAUCCGAGACCGUGCCACGUAUUCCCGCCUCAUGACCUUUAGUGAGGUGGUAGAACAGGGCAUGCUUGGAGAGGCCCAGUGGAAUGAGAGGAAGGCAAGGGACGCCGAAGAGGCGAAGAAGAGGAAGUGGAAUAAUUCGGGGCCACCCGAUCAUUCUCGAAGGAACAACCACGGGGGUGGUGGUGGUGGCGGUGGUCCAUUCAAGGCGCCGGCUCCACCGGCGAAGAAGAAUAGGGAUGCGAGGUGGCACGGACCUAGGCCACAGAACUCGGGGUCACCUAGAUGUCCCAAUUGCUCAAAACAACACUUUGGGAAGUGCAAUGAACCACCGAGGUGUUUUAAGUGCGGGAAUGCGGGCCAUAUGAAGGCCAAUUGCCCUCAAUUGAUGCAAGAGAGUGCCUCGGGAGCUGGGGGAGGGACCAUGACGGGAAGAAACCGUGCGGGCCCGUCAAACGGCGGUACGGGAAGAGGCAACGCAUCCACAAGUCAUUCCGCGUCCGUAAACCAAGGCGGGACCCAAGCACGAGUCUACGCGAUGACCGAGGCGGAUGCGAGAGCAAACCCGGACUCCGUUGCAGGUUGAAGCUAGGGCUUGCUACCUGCACCUUUCUACGGGUGACAUCAAAUCAAGGAAGACGUGGUUCGUGCUUCCUCAGUUUAUUUCAAAUUACCAAACAUUGCUCAUGGAUAUUUUUAUUUGUUAUAAACUAUUCUUUUGGGGCUUGCAUGCCCAUGUUAUUGGCCGGUUGUGGCUUAUGACUUACCGUUGAAUAUUUCCGC